AUUAAAAAAAUAAUUCUUCAUGAAUUAGAUAAAAUGCUAAUUUUUAUUAAAUGCACACAUUUUAAAAGUAAAACCAAAAGUGAUAGGGUAACCAAACCCUAAAAAGGGUAUCCAAACCUUAGAAUCUUAAAUAAUAAUGAUUAUAAUAUCUGUAUUCUUUUAUAGCAUUGAUGUGUACGGGUUUUUUUUUUACCAUUUAUGAAAUGCCGUUAUGAAAUGCCGUUUAUUUAUCUUUUUUUUAUAUGAAAACUUUCUUUGUUAAGCUUUAUUUUUAUUUUUUAACGUGUUCUGUCAUCCAAUCCGGAUGUUACGUAGACAGACUUCCUUGGCAACGUGUAUGCGAACCAGGAAGUGUUUAUGCGCCGCUAGCUAGCUGGCUUCAAAUAACACAGAGCACUAAGAGUGCAGCAGUAAAGUUUAUUUUUACACAAAAUAUUAACAUUUGGCAGUAUUUUGAGUGUAUAAGUUAUUUGUCAUUUAUGUUAAUGUUUAUCUGGCAGUUUGGUUGCUGACAGGAGGAACAGAAGAACUGUGUAGCAUGACAACAGUUUUUCUACUGUUUCUUACUGCUGUCUGAUUGGCAGUGGUAGGCUGGUCAAGUGAUGCAGGGGUUAUGGAGAGUGUCAUGAAUUGUGCUGAAGAGCAGCAACCUUCGUCCAUGACCAACCUAUGGUCCAAUAAACAGGAACCAAGCAGGACACAAAAGGCAAAAGGUGGAUUUGUUUUGGUGCAUGCAGGAGCAGGAUAUCACUCUGAAUCUAAGGCGAAGGAGUACAAGCAUGUCUGCAAAAGAGCCUGUCAGAGGGCUGUGGAUCAACUGAAAGCCGGGGCGCUUGCAGUGGAAGCAGUUGCUGCUGCGCUGGUUGAGCUGGAGGACUCCCCUUUUACAAAUGCUGGCAUGGGCUCAAACCUGAAUUUGUCAGGUGAGAUUGAAUGUGAUGCAAGCAUCAUGGAUGGAAAGUCUCUUCAUUUUGGUGCAGUGGGAGCCAUCAGUGGUAUUAAAAAUCCAGUUUUAGUUGCAAACUGUCUCCUGAAGGAAGGACAGAAAGGGAAGCUCUCAGCUGGGAGAAUACCACCUUGUUUUCUUGUCGGCCGAGGAGCCCGUGAUUGGGCAGUCAGUCAUGGAAUCCCAUCAUGCCCUUCAGAGAAGAUGGCCACAAAAUUCAGUUUAUCUGCAUACAAGAGGAACAAGCGAAAGAUGGAGCUGGCAGAGAGAAUGGACGCAGGACAUAAUCAGACAAAAAAAAGAAGACAAUCAAAUGAAAAUGAAAACGGCUCAGGGUGUUUGGACACAGUCGGCGCUGUGGUGGUGGACCUGGAGGGGAACGUAGCUGCAGCCGUGUCCAGCGGAGGGCUCGCUAUGAAACAUCCAGGCAGGAUUGGACAGGCUGCUCAUUACGGAUGUGGCUGCUGGGCUGAAAAUGCCUGUAAUAUCAACUCUUACUCCACAGCAGUGAGUACCUCAGGAUGUGGAGAGCAUCUGAUUCGCACCAUGCUGGCUCGGGAAUGCUCCGCUGCUAUGCAGUCCGAAGAUGCCCACCAAGCGCUGCUGGAGGCUAUGCAAAACAAGUUCAUCAGCUCACCCUUUCUGGCCAGUGAAGAUCGUGUUUUGGGUGGAGUUAUUGUCCUGAGAUGCUGCACAUGUGUGGAAGCUCAGUCAUCUCAAAACAUUCAGGGUAUAUUAGUGGAGUUCCUAUGGAGCCACACCACAGAAAGCAUGUGUGUUGGCUACAUGUCUGUCCAAGACAGCAAAGCUAAGACACACAUAUCAAGGUUACCAUCUGGGACAGUUCCUGGACAGUCUCUGGCCAUCGAGGGAGGUGUGUGCCGGCUGGGUGUUACAGAGUGAAUCUUCGUCUCUUCAGCUCCUUCUCUUCUGGGCUUCCUUAAAACUGCUGCACAGAACCAACAUCCCCUCCCCUCUCCUGCAUCAUUGUAAUUCCAGAUGUGUUGAGGCGUUUCAACAGCUGGUGAGGAGGUGGCGAGGAGGUCUACCUUCUGUUCUAGUGCACUUAACGGACUUCCCUUUUGCUCCUUUUUGCCUCCAGCUUCUAUGCCAGUUUUUGCCCUUCCAGUGUCACCUGGAUGAUACUUGAUACCCCAUUGCCUUGAUGCACCUUUUUCAAAUAAAAAUGGCUUUUCUUUAGUUCAUAUAUAAGCUAUGAUUUAGGACAACAGGGUGGAAAUAUUAUCUAUGUGUUUAAGGACCGACUUUUUAGGAAUUUCAAAUGCAGGACCUAAAUCUGUUCUUCAGUUUGUUUAAAGUAAAAAAAUAAGUCUGCACUUUGUGGAAUGCCUGCUAGUGCAAUGAAAUUUUUUUUUGUUUUGAGGCUUAACCAGUGAUAAUAAAUCAACAUCUUUGUAUAUAAAAUAACUUUUCAAUUUAAGGUGACAUUUAUAGUUCAGAAAAAAAGCUUUUUUUCUCAUCCUAAAGAGGUACAUUGGUUAAGAGGAAUGCACUUCCUGUGCUAUGAAAUGCACACAAAUGAACAGAGAAAAAAGUCUAUCAUUUUAUAAUUGUAUAUUCCUCUUAACCUUAAAUAUGCAUAAGCUAAAGUAGAAUGAAGCAGCUAAAAGCUGGUGCAGUGGUGUUCAGUUCUAUGAGUCUGUUGAGAUAAUCCAUUCAGCGUAUUAUCUUUUCUUUUCUAUUAGCUAAUACAUUUUUUUCAAGAAUGCAACCAAAAUAAAGUUCUAUAAGCUAUAAGAUUUAUGUGACCUUCCCCCCCAGCAGUGCCAAGCACCAAAAUAAAAUCUGUUGCUAUGAA